AUGGACUGAAAAUGGCGAAAGGCUUUUACUUAUGAAGUGGUUUUAAUUUUGUUACAACAUGACACUGAGAAUGUCCAUAUUGAUUUAGCGAUAUCGAUUAUCUAUAUACAUAUUAGAUCUACCCGUAUAUAUACAAGUAAAUCUACAGUUCAGGUUACACGUUAUAUUUAUUGAUGUAUUUACUUGUAGUAUAAAUAUGACCAAAACAUGAGUGUUUUAAACAGGGAAUAAUGUAUAGAAAUGGAGUAAUACUUAUAACAUAGGAUUGACGCAUAUAGAGAGUACUAGGUUUCCUUAAGAACAAAUGGGGUCCGGUAGUUCCAAGAGUCCUAAACCAAAGUCAGAGCCUGUCACAAAACCAAAGCCAGACACUGUAUCCGUAAAAGCAACGGCGAAUGCAGCGUCCAUACCAAAGCAGGUCGAUGACUCUGAUGAUAUUUUAAAAGAUAAAAUAAAACAUGACGCCGACGAGAAAGGCAUUGCUUCCACGGAAACGGGCAAAUCAGCUGAUAAGGAAAACGAACCGGAAGUGUUUUUAACAGAAGUACCAGAGCCAUGGAUGGACAUUUUAAAUGAAGUUGCUGACUGUGAACUAUGGCCCGAAAAUAAAAGGAGUGAAAGACCAGAAUGGCGGGAAAAUCUAGCUAAAGCAGACGAACUAUUUCGAGCUCCGAAAAUACCGAUUUCUUUAAAAACCAAAACAGCGGUCUACAAUGGUGAUCUAGUCAUUCCGGAUUUACCGGAAAUGAAUAAGAAGGUUCUCGUGUUUGUGAGUUCAACGUUUACAGAUACAAAAGCCGAAAGAAAUAAUCUAAUGAAAGACGUAUACCCAUAUGUGAGAGAGGUUUGCAGACGACUUGGUUUAGAGUUUGGUACCAUUGACAUGCGAUGGGGCGUCACCGACGAGGCCACAAAGCAUCAUUCUACAGUGAAAAUGUGUCUAGAUGAAAUACAAAGAUGUGUAAAGGAAAGUUAUGGGCCAGCGUUUCUUUGCAUUCUCGGUCAUAAAUAUGGAUACAGACCAAUUCCUGCGACAAUAGAUGAAUCCGAAUAUGAGAAAAUUCUUGCUUGCUUGAUUAACAACAAUCACGACACAAGUUUAUUGAAAAAAUUCUAUCAUCUUGAUAAAAAUUCUAUUCCCCCGGAAUAUGUUCUCCGAUCUAUGAGCGAUGAUGAAGACCAAACCAAAUGGUGGCAAGAUAUUGAAGUUAUCCACGAGCAAAUCCGUGAAGCAGUUGCCGAAUGUUUCCAGAACAAACCGGAGAUUUACGACAAAUAUUUCGUAUCAGUUACAGAAAUGGAAAUUCAAGAAGGUGCAUUUAAAAAUUCGAAACGAGACGAUCAAUCAUAUUUCAUGAUCAGAGAACUUAAAGAUAUACAAAACAGAAUACACUAUAAUCGUCGAUUGAGAGACAUGAAAGGUUCGGAAGUAGAUUUAGAUGCGUAUGAAAGGCUUCAGUGUCUGAUACAAAAGAAACUUCCGGAAAAUAUACGGGAAGAAAACAGAAAAACGUUUAUUUACGAAUCUGCAAACGCUAAAGGCGGAAUGCAUUAUGUGAGUAAAUUUUGUGAUCACGUGUGUCGCACAAUGGUGGAGAUGAUUUUUGAUAACUUUCAGAGAAAAGGUAAUGUAGAGGACAACACAGAUGUGAUGGAAAUCGUUCAGCAUUUAAAGUUAGCAGGCGACAAAAGAACACUUUUUGUAGGACGUGAAAAAGAACUAAUGGAGAUAAACAAAUACCUCAUAGACAAAUCGGGUAACGGCAAGCCCCUUGUUAUCAGCGGAAGUUCCGGAAGCGGUAAAACGGCAUUGAUGGCUGUAAGCGCCCAGAAGGGAAAGGCCAUUUCUAAAAAUAGCGUAUGCGUUGUUCGAUUCAUCGGAACAACAAGUCAAUCGGGAUCUGUUAGAAAUCUGCUUUUAAGCGUUUGUAGACAAAUCGCUUAUGCCUACGGUCAAGAUGUUGGAUUAGUUCCUGAUUCUACCAGGGAAUUGGCAGAUUAUUUUAGAAAAUCUCUUAGCAAUGCUACAAAGACCUCACCUUUAAUCAUUCACUUGGAUUCCCUCGAUCAAUUAUCCGCAGACGACAAUGGUAGGAAACUUGAUUGGCUAAAACUUGACCAGGACUUACCGAAACAUGUAAAACUAAUUCUCUCCUCAUUAGAAGCAGACACUCUUUAUGUUCUUCAAAAGCACGUGCCGGAAAAGAAUUUCAUUAAUAUUAUUAAACUAUUACCCGGUGAAGGACCUGAUAUCCUUCAGAAAAUGAUGAAGGUCAAAGGUCGAAAGGUUGCCGAGUCUCAAUUAAAAGUAGUCAUGGAUGCUUUUCUGAAUACUCCACUUCCAUUGUACUUGAGUCUCGCAUCUGAUAUUGCAUGUAAAUGGAGGUCUUAUGACAAUAUAGACGCAAACGAUAUUUCAAAUACCAUUAAAGGCAUGAUAACAUUACUUUUUGAACGCCUGGAGAAAAUGUUUGGCGCCAUAUUUGUCAGUCAUGCGUUGGCGUUCAUCACAGCUUCAAAAGAUGGAUUGUCACAGAACGAGCUUGAAGAUGUUUUAUCAUGUGAUGACAAAGUAUUGGACACCUUGUUUCAAUAUUGGACUCCACCUAUGCGUCGAAUACCACCACUUCUUUGGUUGCGGGUACGCAAAGAAUUAGGUCAGUACCUUUCAGAACGAGGCUCUGAUGGCGUGACAGUUUUCACUUGGUUUCAUAGACAAUUCAAGGAGACGGCAUAUGAAAGGUAUUUGGAAAAGUCAAACAUGAACCACAACGCUCACAUGGCUUUGGCAGAUUACUUCGAUGGUAAAUGGACCAAUGGCAAGGGAUAUAUUGCAAAAGGUUUACAAUCGAAUAAAGAUGCAAAACCUGUUUUGAAAGACAGGGGAAUACCCAAACAACCUUUGACAUUUGGCGAUGGAGCUGUAGUCAACAAUAUAAAUAGAAGGAAAAUAAGGGAGCUGCCAUAUCAUCUUUUAAAAAUCAAUGAUAUAACACGGAUUACUGAGGUUUUCUUCAAUCUUGAAUUCAUCUUAACAAAAUUUACAGCUGGAAUGGGCCACGAAUUUUACUCCGAACUCACAGAGGCAGCUAAAAUUUCUGAUGACAAGAACCUUAUAAAAAUGGUGCGAUUCAUUGGUGCAAACCUGUCAUUCUUACUGAGAGAACCAUCUGCCGUUUAUCAGCUUGCAUCGCAACAGAACAAGUCUCACCCGGCUAGACAACAGCUAGAGCUUCUCAAAGAGCCUCCAUUGACCAUACUUAAAAACAUCACAGAUUCCAAUGACUCGGAAAAUGACGCAUGCGAACUAACAUUACAAGGGCAUGAAAAAAGUCCACUGUCUUGCGAUUUUUCACCAAAAGGAGACAGGAUCGUGUCAACUUCUAUUGAUGGAUGUCUAAGAAUAUGGGACGUCCUAACAGGUUCAGAAAUAGCUGUGAACACGUCACUUCCGUCUCCAAUGGAUAUGGCUAAAAAGGACGAAAGAGAUCACGUGAUGAAUAUGCGGGUACAUACAGCCAACCCAUGUUGUUUUUCACGGGACGGGAAAACAAUUGUUGUUGGGACAGAAGACGCUGAAAUUGUCCUAUUUGAUUCUGAUGGAACAAAGUUUAAGAGUGAACCGACAGAAAAUGACGCGGUGACAUGCCUGCAGUUCUCCCCUGACAAUACGUCCGUAGUAGCUGGCUACAAGAACGGGAAUAUAAACGUGUUCAUAUUCAAAUCUGAAAUUACUAUACGCGUCAAAGAACCUGUGGGACCGCUUCCCAACCUUAUAUUAAAAUUGGCAAGUGUUUUGGGAGCCUUAUGA